GCGGAUGAAGCAGACGGAGAAAGUCUACGCCAUGAAGAUUCUGCACAAGUGGGAGAUGCUGAAAAGGAUGGAGACGGCCUGUUUCCGGGAAGAACGAGAUGUCCUUGUGCGUGGAGAUCGGCAGUGGAUUACCACGUUGCAUUACGCCUUCCAGGACGAGCACUACCUGUAUCUGGUGAUGGACUAUUACGCUGGGGGAGACCUGCUCACCCUCCUGAGCAAGUUCGAGGACCGUUUGCCGGAAGACAUGGCCAGCUUCUACCUGGCCGAGAUGGUCCUGGCCAUCCACUCUCUCCACCAGCUGCAGUACGUCCACAGGUACGUCUCUUCCUUCCUAACGUGGGAAAGUUGGCACUGAACCAGGAGGGUCCACGGGGCACAAGAAAGGCACAACGG